CCCUAGAAGCAGAUGCUUAAACAGAGACGAAGAUCCUCGACCUAAACGGAAGUGGGAAAAGCAGUGAGGGUUUGAGGAACAAGUGAAUCGGAUUUGGUAACAGAGUGGUGGUGCAGCAAUGGCGUUGGCGUUCGAUGAGUACGGGCGCCCGUUCAUAAUACUGAGGGAGCAGGAGCAGAAGUCUCGAUUGCGCGGCCUCGAUGCUCAGAAGGCCAACAUUUCUGCCGGCAAGGCCGUCGCUCGCAUCCUCCGGACCUCCCUCGGACCCAAGGGCAUGGACAAGAUGCUCCAGAGCCCCGAUGGCGAAAUCACUGUUACAAAUGAUGGUGCCACGAUUCUGGAGCAGAUGGAUGUCGACAAUCAGAUUGCGAAGCUGAUGGUUGAACUAUCCCAGAGCCAGGACUAUGAAAUUGGUGAUGGGACAACUGGAGUUGUUGUGUUGGCUGGUGCACUUCUAGAGCAUGCUGAGCGGCUGUUGGAGCGAGGUAUUCACCCCAUACGCGUUGCAGAGGGAUACGAAUUGGCAUCUAGAAUAGCUUUCGACCAUUUGCAGCAUAUAUCACACAAAUUUGAAUUUGAUCUGGAUAAUAUAGAGCCUCUGGUUGGAACUUGCAUGACCACGUUAUCGUCCAAGAUUGUGAACCGGUGCAAGCGUGACCUUGCUGAGAUUGCUGUGAAAGCAGUUAUGGCUGUUGCAGAUUUAGAGAGGAAGGAUGUGAACCUAGAUUUGAUAAAAGUAGAGGGGAAAGUUGGGGGUAAGUUGGAAGAUACUGAGCUGGUAUAUGGUAUUCUUAUUGACAAGGAUAUGAGCCAUCCACAAAUGCCAAAGCAUAUUGAAGAUGCAAAAAUUGCUAUCUUGACGUGUCCCUUUGAGCCACCUAAGCCAAAGACAAAACAUAAGGUUGAUAUUGAUACAGUGGAGAAGUUUCAGACUCUACGUUUGCAAGAACAGAAGUACUUUGACGACAUGGUCCAAAAAUGCAAGGAUGUCGGUGCUACCUUGGUCAUCUGUCAAUGGGGGUUUGAUGAUGAAGCAAAUCACCUGUUGAUGCACAGGAACUUGCCUGCUGUCAGAUGGGUUGGUGGUGUGGAGUUGGAACUAAUUGCAAUAGCUACAGGAGGAAGAAUUGUGCCCAGGUUCCAAGAAUUGACACCCGAGAAGUUAGGAAAGGCCGGUAUAGUUCGCGAAAAAUCAUUUGGCACAACUAAAGAUCGCAUGCUGUACAUAGAACACUGUGCAAAUUCAAAGGCGGUGACCAUAUUUAUCCGUGGUGGUAACAAAAUGAUGAUAGAGGAGACUAAGCGCAGCAUCCACGAUGCCCUCUGUGUUGCUAGGAAUCUCAUCCGCAACAAUUCUAUUGUCUAUGGUGGUGGAUCAGCAGAGAUAUCUUGCUCCGUUGCUGUAGAGGCAGCAGCAGACCGAUACCCAGGAGUUGAGCAAUAUGCCAUUAGAGCAUUUGCAGAUGCUUUGGAUGCUGUCCCUAUGGCGCUUGCAGAGAAUAGUGGCCUUCAACCCAUCGAAACGCUAUCUGCAGUGAAGGCCGAGCAGAUUAAGGAGAACAUUCCCUACUACGGAAUAGACUGCAACGAUGUUGGCACAAAUGAUAUGCGCAAACAGAAUGUCUUCGAGACUUUGAUCGGGAAGCAGCAGCAAAUCUUAUUGGCAACACAGGUGGUGAAGAUGAUACUAAAAAUCGAUGAUGUUAUUUCCCCCUCUGAUUACUAGUUUGUUUUACCUGGGGAUGAAUUUCUGUAAUUUUUUUAGCUUGAUUCAGAAUUUUGAAUGACUCUUAAGGACAUACUGUUCGCUUGUGGAAACUUGUUUGUAGAAUUUGGAGUGGUUUGUAGCAUGAUCGCUCUUCUUUCCCUUUGUUUAAUUGGUGUGAGGUAGGCCAAGUGAUUGGUGAAGAAUUGGGAGAAAUUGGCAUCAACUUGUAUCGCUUCAUCUAUUUGUGCGAAUCAUAACGAAUAAGUUUCCUGCA